AUGAGCUCUAAUAAGAGCGAAACUCGAGUCCAGUGCUUCCCUUCGGUGUGGGCUCACCAGAAUAAUUACACCACAACAGGAACACGGCCGUUCAAACGAGAGUGCGAGAUUCAAGUGUCUGCAGCGCUACCUGACUGGGAAGUCAUGACAGGCGGGUCGAUCGAUCGUCACAAACAGGGUGAGUCGGGUACACCAGCCAAUCACAUCGCCCAAGCGUGA